UGAUAUUCCCGUGUUAUUUAAAAAAAUGGACGACGUUUUAAUUGUCGGUGAUAACAUUGAGAGCGAAGAGAGAAAAAACGGACAGAAUUCGGUUAAAUUUUCGAUAGAUUCUUUAUUAUCAACGACGAAAAAUUUUGGAAAAGAAAAUGUUAUCAGUGAGUGUUGUGCUGAAAUAGAAAUAGAUAAAAGUACUUACAGUGAUGCUGAUAUACGUAAUGGUAGUACUUCUGGUAACGGUGUGUUUGAAACCAGAAGAAAAGAAAAUGUUUCAACUACAACCAGUGAGUUAUAUCAAAGAAAUUUUAAUGAAGAUCUUCAUUAUUCGGAAAGCAAAUCGGAUGACGAUAGAAAGAAACGACCCAGAACAGCAUUCACAGCUUCACAAAUAAAAUCUCUAGAAGCCGAAUUCGAAAGAAAUAAGUACCUCUCAGUGGCCAAACGAUGUCAGUUAUCAAAAACACUUAAAUUAACGGAAACACAAAUAAAAAUUUGGUUUCAAAAUAGAAGAACGAAAUGGAAAAGAAAAUACACAAACGACAUUGAAAUUCUAGCUCAACAAUAUUACAAUUCCAUGGGAAUUAUGACACCUAGACCUAUUUUCUUAGGGGAUAGAUUAUGGUUUUUCAACUAUCCUGGUCAACCGGGAUUAUCCAGUGCUCCUCCAGGCCUGCCUCCGAGUAUACUACCACUUUCACCAGGAACGUCGAUGGGACCUCAAUUACCAAAUUACUCACAAAGAUCUUGUAUAAGAAACUAUAUAGAGUAUCCAACGCAAGAACAGUCACCUGAGAUACCUCCAAUGCUUCAACUCCAAAACUUUGGAAGACAAUUUGAAAAUUCAUGAAGUUAACGUGGUGUUUUUUUUUAUAUUAUCUUGUAUAAAAUUGUGAAAUAUAUAUUUUAGACUUUAUCAA